UGAAGUAAUGAUAAGGAAACCUCGAUAUUGUAGUGAAAAAUAAUGUGGAAGUGUUGUUUUAAAGUAUUAGUUCUAUUGUGUAUGUAUUUAUGUGUAAAUGGUCACCAUGAGAGAGAUGAUGAUACCUCCGUAUUUAAAUUCAAAAUGAACUUGCUAUCAAACAAGGAGCCCCAAGAUGGCCGCCGAAGGGGCAACCGCCCUGAGAAAAAUGCUCUUAGAAUUCGAAACGAUUAUUCAGUUAAUAUACAAAAGAAUGGUUUAAGAAUCCGAGGUGGUAAUGUAACGGAUACCAAAAACUAUCCCUAUAUGGCGGCUAUUAUUAUAAAUGGAAGGCUUUGGUGCGCGGGAACUAUUGUCGAUGUUAAUUGGGUUUUAACAGCUGCACAUUGUUUAAAUUACGUUCUCCAUGUCUCCCCAAUGAAGACCCUUGGCCAAUAUGUAAAGGUUCGUGUUGGCAGUCCCCGGCCCCACGAGGGGGGAGUCCUCGUGGAUGUAGCGGGAGCGGUACGACACCCCAAGUUUGAAGAGGAACCGGUGCCACAUGCUGACAUUGCGUUAUUGAAACUGGCAGAAAAUCUUGAAUUCACUCCAGACAUAAAUCUAAUCAAGAUUUACGAGGGUAUGAAGGAGCCAUAUUCACAAAGUUUCGUGGUUGUUACUGGUUGGGGAAUGACUCGGGGAACAGACACAUCUUUCCGCGACCAUACACCAGAUCUUCUAACCGCGCGUCUCAAAGUUCGCACACAGCACUAUUGUAGAGACGCGUAUCAGCUCGUCAACGGUUUCCAAUUCACACCUGACUUCUUUUGUGCCUCUUUGCGAAAUGGUACUAGAGAUGCUUGUUUGUUCGACGCAGGAGCUCCAGCAGUUCAACAUAACAGAUUAUUGGGCGUGAUGAGUUUUGGUCCCGAGCGCUGCGGACAUGAGUACCAACCUGCUGUUUUUGUAAAGGCUUUUUAUUUUAGAGACUUCGUCAAACACACGAUCUCGUCAUACAAAACGACAGACGAUCUAAUCGACGCAAUCCGUGAGAUCAACCCAUCCGUCCGGCCGCCCGUGCACGUGCGCGGAGAGGACUUCAUCAUGGGCGGCGUGGACGAGGUCACGGAGCCCGAUGAUAAACAUGAUUAGAGUCAUAAAUAAAGUUUAUUAGAUGUG